GUGGUAGACUUGCUAGAAGAGCGCAACGGUUGGCAACGAGAUUGUUGCUGGGUUUUGACGCAUUCAAUUGCUCCCCCUUCGUCUCGUUCCCCCUCCGUCCCUACUGCGUACUCAGGUAGACGCCCGUCUAUUAUACACAUAUACAAUACACACGCGUGCUUCCCUUCUAUUCAAAGCGACACCCUAUACACUCUCCACAAGCUCUCCCCGGACUACCACUUUUCUGUAACAUUAUGCUUCCUCCUCAUACCUUUGCUGAUAGUCAUGCCAUCUUUGCUACUACUCACAAUAACGCUCCUGCGAGCCCGCAUCAACUCUGCCGUGAUGAGAGUCGGCCGUCUUUCAACUGACCCAGUCAGCGUGAUGCUCGCGCACGCUGGUUUAUCACAUUGCAUCGCGAUCACGAUGACAAGUCGGAUGGAUGAUCACUCAUUGCAAUCAAGUCCAGUAAAUCUGGGUCGUCAGCGAGACGAGACUGUUGACGCCCACCUGAUCGAUGCUUCCUUUGUUCGUCGCUCUACGCCGCCCGCUCUCAUCUCCGAUGGAUCGCGACUGCCGAGCCUGUGUGAUCAAUUGACGAGGCAAUCCAAACUUGAGACGCGGCCAAUACUGGAUGAUGACGAUGGAAGUGAUGUAUAUGCUCAAAGAUAGGGAGACAAGUAGGCAGUCAAAGCCUGAGUUCGCUCUGAUCGUAAUGGGGU